UGUUACGAGUUUCGUCGUUACUGUUCCUAGCGCGGAAGUAAACGCGUAACAUCGUUCAGAAGGAAAACAAACGCGUAAUAGGAAUUCUAUAAAUUUAUACUUCCCUCAACUAAACGCGCGUCGGAGGACUUAAUAAAACUGUGAUCGCUCCCGUUGGAAAAUUGAUAUUUAUAAGAAAAAUGGAACAGGGAUUCGGAAGCAACCGUUCCAAGUCUACGUCAGAUAUUCUGGACGGAGCAGUGAGCGACGAAAACGACGCAGAAAAUUCUUCGGUGAACAAUCGUUGCAGGACCUUCACCUUCGAUGACGUCAACGGAGUGAAGGGACCAUCGACACCGAAGUCGCAAAAUUUUGUAAAAAAACUGAUCGCCUCUCUGGAAAGAAAAAACGAGGUCUGCAAGGCGGACGACGAGUUCGUUCAAAAAUAUUACAGAAGAAACGAUUAUUCCAAUCUGAAUUCCGACAAAUCGUACAACAGUAGCCUCCGGGAUUCAAAUAUAAGAGAAACGAACAAAGACGACGAACUCCCUCGGGAAACAAACGAAAGGUUCUCGAAAUGUGAUAAUCUCGGUCUGGCUUCUAAAAACAGAGCGAAUGUAUUUGUUAAUAUCAAAUUGAAAGACCAGUUUUCGUUCGAGAAUCGCGGUAAGAAUAGCGGCGCCAACGGAUCUAUGCGUCGAAGUUCGAAUAAAAAGGGAACAGUGUUUAGCACAAGCGAUCAACGUAGAAGCAAGUAUCGAGAUGAAAACGAUGGAUUUCCUCGGAGUUUUCAUAUGUACGAAGAACAGAACGGGAAAAUGUUUCGUAAUUGUUCUUCCUUCGACCCUGACCGAACUCGAGUUGAAUCGGAGAGUCGAGUCGAUCCUCUCGACUCUUACUUUUUAAGAAAAUGCGAGAACGAUAAGAAUGGCAACAGUUUGGAAAGAAUAUUCGAAUGUUCGAAAGAAGGAAGAGACACGACUUUGAAUGGACGUUGUAGGAAGAAACUCAGUCGACGAAGAUCCUUUAUAGACUUCUUUGGAUCCAUGAUGAGAUGGAAGAAAUCGGACGACGAAAACAGACCUCGGCGUUUUAUGUCUUGCGACCAUUUGAUAGAAGAGACGAAGACAUCCGAUUCGAGGAAUAUCAAAUUGCCGAGAGUUUCAUCUUUGAAAGCUGUCGUGUUCAAAGAUGAAAACAAAAACGAUUGGAUACGGAACGACGGGCAGAAGGCGACAAUUCAUCCUAUUUACAAAGGAAAAAGGAACGAGCAACUCUCGGUAGCUCUCACGAAAAGUAAGGAAAAAUACUUUGGAUUGAAUGACAGCGUGGAAAAUCUUGUAAAACCUUCCGCAAUUAAGGAUAUAGCGAAACGUCUUUCACAGCAACCGGACAAGUUGCGGUCUAAUGUUAACUUCUAUGAUAGAGGACGAAGAUCUGUUAAAAAUGGGUAUUGACGAUAGGAAACUGUAUUUGAUGAAACUUAUUAUUUCUGACAUUUUUAGUAUUUCCUUUUCGAAAUACUAAAGAAAACGAAAUAUUUUACUUAAAAGAAAGACUUAUUUCGAUAUGUUUGUGCAGAACUAAGUUCAAUUUAGUGAGUUUUUGUUUGAUACGAACGUUUCAAGAAAAUAAGUAAGUUACUACAGUAGUUAUACAUAGUGUUUUGUGAAAAAACUUUCCUCUCAACAAAAAACAUCGAUAGUCACAUUAAUAUGGAUAUUUACGAUAUUUCAUUAAUUCGAUUCGUUACUCGUUGAUUUAUUAUUUACUUCGACUCCUUAGUUGUAAAUUGUUAUCGAUUGUAAAUUCAGUUUAUAAUUUGUUUUACGAAUGUAUAUCGUGCGAUAUUCCCAAUUUCCCUAUUUACUGGAAAUUUGAUGCUUUCUAAUUUGUAAGAAGCAAUAAACUGACGCGUUUAUGUUACAAGCUCGACUGUAAACAGUUCGUCAUAAGAACAGUACGAAUACUUAUUGCUUCUAUAUUUCUACCGAUCUUUCGUAUCCUCUUGUUAAUUUCGCAAACUAUAUAAACUAAUAAUUGUCGUUUGGACUAUAUCUAUUCUAGAUUUCCUACAUUAGAAUCCUAGAUUAAAAAAUUAGGAUUAGGAUUAGGAAUUGUCCUAGAUUAGAAUAUGCAGAAAAUCAUUGAUUACAAAAAAAGAAGUUAAGAAACUAAAAUUUCACACAGAACUUUUUGAGAAAUUGAUCGGCGUACGAAUACAUUCCGCACCCACUGUAAUUGAAGAAAUGACCAAAUGUACUUUACGAUAUACCCAAAAACAUUCCUAAAGUUAAACAAAAAAUUAAAUACGUUUUCCUUUAUAGAAAAGAAAAAAUCACGAAAAACGCUUAAUAUUCGUCCUCCUAUUGUGAUUUUCCCUCUUAAAUAAUCGAGCAAAGUGAGGAUAAGACGAAUGACGACGGUCGAGCAACCGGAAGUGAGAAAAUGCUUGCGAAUUAUUAUCAAGCAUUGGCAUUGCAUAAUAUUCGGGCCAUUACGAGAGCGACACUGUACUCCGAUUGGCACAGGGAACAAUUUCCAUUCUCCUAUACGUUCGGCUCCUACCUGCAACGCCGACUACUUACCCACUUAACGUUUUCCGUUUAUACAGGUCAGUCGCUCCGCACCAGUUCCGAGUUAUGCCCAUUUCGCGUUUAAGAGAUACUCUGUACACGCUUACGAUAGUUGAACACUAUAAUCAUUUCCAUAUCGACGCGCCUUCGCGCCAGUGUAAUUUAGAAUCGUCGCGCACGCGAAUUCAAGUGGUCACAAUACAACAGCGACAUUUCUGUGUUUAUGGAUUGCAUUCCAAGGAUCGACGGUUGAAACGAUGGAGGGAAAGAAAUCCUCGGCCGAGUCAGCCAAGGAUACCGAAUACGGAACCGUCAAGUACGAAGAUGAACUCGUAUCGUCCUGGAGGUUUUGGAGGAAAAGAAGAUACGUAGUCGCUGUAUUGGCGUUUCUGGGAUUCUUCACAUCCUACAUCCUGCGCGUUAAUUUGAGCGUAGCUAUCGUCGCGAUGACCGCGAGCAUUGAAAAAGUCGACGAACACGGAAACGUUUACCUUGAAAAAGAAUUCGAUUGGGAUUCGAAAACGCAAGGACUGGUUCUGAGUUCCUUUUUUUAUGGAUACAUAAGCACGCAAUUACUCGGAGGAUGGCUCGGAGCUCGCAUCGGUGGAAAAAGGGUGUUCGGUCUUGGAAUCGCAGCUACAGCUUUUUUCACAAUUAUCACGCCGCCACUGGCCAGAAUAAGCGUCUCUAUUUUAAUCACUUUGCGAAUAGUGGAGGGAGUUUGCGAGGGUGUGACGUAUCCUUGCAUUCACGCGAUAUGGUCGCAAUGGGCACCGCCGUUGGAAAGGUCGAAGUUGGCAACGCUCGCGUUCUCCGGAAGUUUCCUUGGAACCGUGUUUGCCAUGCCCGUUGCUGGCUUGAUGGCCGAGAACCUUGGCUGGUCCUCCGUGUUUUACGUUUUCGGAGCGAUGGGCCUCGUGUGGUUCUUUUUCUGGUGGGUAAUCGUAAAGGAUAAACCGGAGGACGAUCCGCACAUUUCAAAAGCCGAGCUUGAGUACAUUAAACGUAGCCUUGGAAACUCGAAGAAGGAGGAAAAAAUUAAUCAUCCAUGGAAAGCUAUGCUCACAUCUCCACCAGUUUGGGCUAUCGUUGCGGCCCACUUCAGCGAGAACUGGGGUUUUUACACUAUGCUUACCCAACUACCGACGUUCAUGAAUGAUGUGCUCGACUUUAAAUUGGACAAGACCGGGUACUUGUCCGCCCUACCGUAUCUGGCUAUGACGAUCGUUGUACAAUUUUCUGGCCACCUAGCAGAUCACUUGAGAACGAAGAACAUUUUAACAACUACGCAGGUGCGUAAGUUAUUCAACUGUGGCGCUUUCGUGUUCCAAACAAUAUUUAUGACCAGUACAGGUUUCAUUUUCACGCCAGCAGGAGUGGUCACUUGUAUUACUAUAGCAGUUGGUCUCGGUGGUUUUGCUUGGUCUGGUUUUGGGGUCAAUCAUUUAGAUAUUGCCCCUAAGCAUGCAAGUGUACUUAUGGGAAUAGGAAACACUAUCGCCACUUUACCUGGAGUUGUUAGUCCAAUUAUCACUGGAUAUAUCGUUCAAAAUAAAAGUCCUGGAGAAUGGCGUACGGUCUUCAUAAUUGCUGGUGGGAUUUAUUUGCUAGGAGCUGUAAUAUAUGGUUUAUAUGCAUCCGGUGAAAAACAAAGUUGGGCUGACGAAAGUCUAGGAGCAGAGGAAGAUACGAAAAGAUCCUAUGAUAAUCCUGCUAUGGAAAUAGAUAAUUUAUAGUAUAAAAAAAAAAAGAAGAAUACUCCAAUACUGUUUGAUCGAUCAGCAAAUUACAGCCAACAAAUGGAAUUCGUAUAUUCAAAUGGAACGUGACUCCGUAUUUGUGAUAUUUAUUUUAUACGAGUGAAAUUAUUAUACAAAUAGUCGAAUAACUUAAAAUAAAUUGAAAAUAAAAAUUCUAUAAGAAAAUAUAUUUUCUUCACAUAUCCAAUCAUUUUGCUAGAACAAGGAAAUGAUAAAUAAACAACAUAGUUUUAACAAAAGUCAUGUCGAAUCAAUUAUAAAUAAUAACUUUUUGAGAAAGACUGUAUACGAGUAUGUACAUACAAAAUGAUAACGAUUAUAUCCAAUUUUUUUAUUUUAAAUGAAAGUGCACUCAAAUAAACAUAAAAUACGACUACGACUACGUUGACAGGCGUGUUUUGUUAUUAAAAAAUAAAAUCCUAAAGCUAUUUUUCGCUAUUGUCUAUUACAGCAAUAGAAAGAUUAGAGAUUGGAUACAGAAUCUGCUUUAUCUUCUGAUGUUAACAGACUGUUAGAAGACAUAUUGAAAAGUCUGCAUUAUCCAAUUAGCAGUAGAAAAU